AUGUUUCAAAUAGGUUAUCGUUUGUUCUCUACGGGGAGACCAAUACUUAAUGCAGUACCGCAAAAGAUCCAACCUAUACUCGCGGCUAAACAAUUCAUUCCAGAUCAAGCUACCAGAUCCAAGGUGAAAUCUCUUAGAAGAAGAGAGGCGAGACUCAAAAGGCAAAUUGUCAGAGAUGUCAAUAAUGUCAAGAAGCAUUCUUUAGAAAAUGUGAAGUUUCAAGUUGAUCCUGUUUUGGGGGAUGAAAACAAUGCAUUUAUAAAAAGAGUGAGAGCCGAAUUACAGGAACCAACAAACUUAGCGUAUGGUUAUCAAAGGGAUGAGUUCGAGAAGCUAUUGUACGGUGCUGAGAAGGCCAAUAUAGACAGAAACAGUGGAAGUAAUAUUUUGCAUGAUUCUAUAAGUGCAUCCGAAGAGAGAAAAAAGAGAGCGUUGUUGACUAUUCUCAAUAUUAAAAAUACCAACUCACAAGACAGAAAGAAGGCAGCUAUCCAAUACGCCCGUGAACAAUUUCAGAGAGAAGAAGGUGAUACCGGCUCGCCAGAGGUUCAAGCUGCUGUAUUGUCUGUCAGAAUUCACUUAGGAAUGGACCAUGUUAAGCAAUUCUUCAAGGACAAAGAGCACAUUCAACACGUCCGUCACAUGGUCCAACAAAGACAAUCCAUAUUGAAGUACUUGAAGAAAGAUAAUGCUGAACAAUACUAUUAUACUAUUGCCAAGUUGGGUUUGACUGAUGAUGUUAUUACCAGGGAAUUUAACAUGGGUAGACAAUACUUACAAGAUUAUAAGGUCUGGGGUGACAAGCAAUUGAUCAAGUUAUCCGAUAAACAAAAGAAGAAGGAAGCCCAAGUUGUUGAAUUGCAAAAGAGGGUUGUUGGUUACAAUCAAUUGGCCAAAAGAAAUCAUGAAGAAAUUCAACGUAUUUCAGAAUCAAAACGUUAA